ACUAGACAUGGUAUUUCAUGAUUCCGUAUGUAAGUUGAAUAGAAUCUUGUCUGUUUCCGGUGAUGAGGUGAUAUUCCAACCUCGAUUUGCUAUGCAGUCGGUCUGAAACCAUGUUCGAUUCCAAUUACAAGUCACAAUACAUAGGCGGACAGAAGGAGAAAUUCGUAAGGUUGGAUGACCUGGACUCUUAUAGACCAGAAAUGGCUGGAAAGAACAGGGGUACGUUUAGUUUAGAGGGGUUAACUGCACCAGCAUCUUCGAAUAAGACCACAUCAAAGUCCUUUAAAAUGGGCUUUCAAAGAGGUUCCGAAGGUCUUCUCACAUUCGGUCGGUCUUUAAGAUCCGGAGUCACACGAGCCGUUUUCCCAGAGGAUCUCAAAGUUUCCGAAAGAAAGAUAUUCGAUCCACAAGACAAGAGUCUUCUGCUGUGGAACAAGCUCUUAGUCAUCUCCUGCAUUCUUGCAGUAUCAAUCGAUCCUCUGUUUUUGUAUCUCCCCGUUUUUCAGGAUGAUAAAAUGUGCCUUCAUAUCCAUAAUAGUUUGGCUUACACAACCACCACCCUCAGGUCUAUAAUUGAUGCCUUUUACAUCGUGCGCAUGGUUUUGCAGUUCCGAACGGCUUUUAUUGCGCCUUCAUCUCGGGUUUUUGGGCGUGGGGAACUUGUGAUUGACCCCACGGAAAUAGCACACCGGUAUAUACAUCGUUAUUUUUUCGUGGAUCUUUUCUCCGUGCUACCUCUACCACAGAUUGUAGUGUGGAGGUUUUUGCACCGUGCGAAAGGUUCCGAUGUAUUGGGUACAAAACGAGCUCUAGUGAUAAUUGUGUUUCUUCAAUACAUUCCAAGGUUCUUACGAUUUGUGCCUCUUACUUCGGAGUUGAAGAAGACUGCAGGUGUUUUUGCCGAAACUGCAUGGGCUGGUGCAGCUUAUUACUUGCUGUGGUUCUUACUCGCUAGUCAUAUUGUCGGUGCCUUAUGGUACCUUUUAGCCAUCGAACGCAAAGAUACAUGCUGGGAUAAAGCUUGCAAGGAAAGUACAGAGUGUGAUCCAAAUUAUCUCUAUUGUGCUCAUGAGAUUUCGAAUAUUGACUCGUGGAAAAACCUCAGCAAGACUCUUAUCGGACCAAAAUGUGAAGUGAAGGACGAUGAGAAACCGCCGUUUAACUAUGGAAUAUAUGCCCAAGCUUUAUCAUCUGGUGUUCUUGAAUCUCAGCAUUUUGUCUCCAAAUACUUCUACUGUUUGUGGUGGGGCCUGCAGAAUUUAAGCACACUUGGUCAGGGGCUCGUAACGAGUACGUAUCCUGGAGAAGUUUUGUUUUCCAUUGCGGUAGCCAUUUUCGGGCUCCUCCUCUUUGCUCUUCUUAUUGGUAAUAUGCAGACGUAUCUCCAAUCUCUCACAGUCCGAUUGGAGGAGAUGAGAAUCAAGAAACGUGAUUCAGAGCAAUGGAUGCAUCACAGAGUACUCCCACCGGAGCUGAGAGAAAGAGUACGCCGUUACGACCAAUACAAAUGGCUCGAAACCAGAGGAGUCGAUGAAGAAAGCUUGGUCCAAAACCUACCCAAAGACCUCAGACGAGACAUCAAGCGCCACCUCUGUUUGAAUCUGGUUAGAAGGGUACCUCUUUUUGCAAACAUGGAUGAUAGAUUGCUUGACGCCAUUUGCGAAAGACUCAAACCUAGUUUAUACACAGAAAGCACAUACAUACUUCGUGAGGGGGACCCAGUAGACGAAAUGCUCUUCAUAAUCCGCGGUCGACUCGAGAGUGUGACCACAGAUGGUGGGCGGUCAGGUUUCUUUAACCGCGGUUACCUCAAAGAAGGCGAUUUCUGUGGUGAGGAGUUACUAACAUGGGCUCUUGAUCCUAAAUCAGCUUCCAAUUUACCGCCAUCCACUCGUACAGUGAAGGCUCUUACGGAAGUGGAGGCGUUUGCUUUAAUAGCGGAUGAAUUGAAAUUUAUCACGAGUCAGUUUAAGAGAAUCCAGAGUCGGCAGGUUCAGCAGACGUUCAGAUUCUACUCGCAGCAGUGGAGGACUUGGGCGGCAACUUUUAUUCAGGCGGCGUGGCGGCGGUACUCUAGAAGGAAGUUGGCGGAGCUUCACCAGAGUGAGUUUGAUAGUGAGAGUACAGAGGAAGAAGAAGAUGACGUAAACACUGGGUUGAUUAGGAGUGGUUCGACGAGAAUUGGUGCGACUAUGCUGGCUUCCAGAUUUGCUGCGAACGCUAUGCGUGGGGUCCACAAGUUUCGUAGUGAAUCGGGUUCUGAGAGGAGGGUGACGUUUGCUAAACCACCGGAACCUGAUUUUGAUGCUGAUUGUUGAAACUUUGUGCCAGCUAGUAACUAGUAAUGUUAUACUGAAAGCAAUGCUAUUCAUUCUUU